GUCUCAGUCUCAGAGCAGCACAGUGCAACGCAAGGAGAGGAGCUGCUGGAGACAGUCCAGCGUCAUACAGAGGUCCCUGCUCCUAUCCCCAACCCAGUCUGGACUCACACUUUAAAUGGAAGAGUAUGUCACGAUCAAGAGGAAGCUUCUCCACAGACCCGUCUUCAGACUGAGAUGCCUGGUGAAGCAGCUGGACAAGGGAGAAGUGAACGUGGUGGACCUGAGGAAGAAUAUAGAGUAUGCAGCCUCUGUUCUAGAGGCAGUCUAUAUCGAUGAAACCAGGCGUCUUCUAGACACUGAGGAUGAGCUCAGUGACAUCCAGGCGGACUCUGUGCCCAUGGAGGUGCGUGAUUGGCUGGCCUCAACCUUCACCAGGAAGAUGGGCGUGGUCAGGAGACGACCGGAGGAGAAACCACGGUUCAGGAGCAUUGUCCAUGCCGUGCAGGCUGGCAUCUUCGUCGAGAGGAUGUACAGACGGACGUCUAACAUGGCUGGGCUGACGUACCCUCCAGCUGCCAUCGCUGUUUUGAAGGAUGUAGAUAAAUGGUCCUUUGAUGUGUUUGCGCUCCACGAGGCCAGCAGUGAACACGCAUUGAAGUUCCUGGUGUACGAACUGCUCACCCGCUAUGAUCUGAUCAACCGCUUCAGGAUUCCAGUUUCAUCUCUGGUGACCUUCGUAGAGGCUCUAGAGGUGGGCUACAGCAAACACAGAAACCCCUACCACAACCUCAUCCACGCUGCUGACGUCACACAGACAGCACACUAUCUGAUGCUCCAUACUGGCAUUAUGCACUGGCUCACUGAACUGGACAUUCUAGCCAUGGUGUUUGCUGCAGCUAUCCAUGACUUUGAACACACUGGGACAACCAACAACUUUCACAUUCAGACCAGGUCAGAGGUGGCCAUCCUGUACAAUGACCGGUCAGUCCUGGAGAACCACCAUGUCAGUGCUGCCUACAGACUUAUGCAAGAAGAUGAGAUGAACAUACUGGUCAACCUGUCAAAAGAUGACUGGCGAGAACUGCGGACUCUGGUGAUUGAGAUGGUGAUGAGUACAGACAUGUCCUGCCAUUUCCAGCAGAUCAAAACCAUGAGGAACGCCCUGCAGCAGCCCGAGGGAGUAGACAAGGCUAAAGCCCUAUCUCUGAUGCUGCAUGCAGCUGACAUCAGCCACCCAGCCAAGGCCUGGAAGCUGCACUACCGAUGGACACAGGCCCUGAUGGAGGAGUUCUUCAGACAGGGCGAUAAGGAGGUUGAGUUAGGGCUGCCAUUCUCCCCUCUGUGUGAUCGUAAAGCUACCAUGAUUGCCCAGUCACAAAUAGGGUUCAUUGACUUCAUAGUAGAACCCACAUUCUCUGUGUUGGUGGACACGACAGAGAAGAUCAUUACACCUCUCAUAGAGGAUACCUUAAAGUCACACGACACUGGUGUCCGCAGGUCAAGUUUGACAGGUAGUGGGUCAGUGACGGUGGUGGAGUCAGUCCAGAGACACAGUGGUCGAGGGUCCAGCCAGGGGGUUGACCAGGGGCUCACUACAGACUAUAGCCUGGCUGGCAUUGACCUGAAACGGGUCAGACACACACUGGCAGAGGUCAUCCAACACAACAAAGACAGAUGGAAGGAGCUCUCUGUACAAGAGUUGGCGAGGAAAGAGCAAGCUGAGUUGACUUCUGACCCAGAGGAGGAGUCCUUGAUGAACACAGAGGUUACGUUGACUCACACCAGCCCUGAGAGACACAGCCAGGAGCUUAAAUCAGAGCCCUUAAUUGAACUGAUGAACAACACAAACACAAACUCCAAUAACUCUUCCCAGGAGGACUCAGAGCUGGACCACAGGCCUCGCAGGCCUCUGUCACCGUCUGAGGAUAAAGAGACAACAUCACAUGGUUCCAUCUCUCCUGAACACCUACCAUGGAACGGAGAAGGCCCCGAGCCAGUCCUUGAGCAUGGGGAGGAGUCUCUUCAGAGCCCUUGAUUUUGAUAGGCUACCCAACAACACUGCCACUUCCUGAUUCAACAGGCAUUAUAUUUGUUUGUUUUUUUAUUGUAAAUUUGUUCUGAUUCAUUUUAUUGUUAUUUAUUAAAGAUAGGGGUCUUCAUGCUCCACUUUUCACCGGAA